AUGUCAAAUUCCGGCGAAACAUCUAAAAUUAGGGUUUCCCAAGGAAAAGGUAAGAUCAGUUAUCACUAUAAAGAUAUCCGUUGUCCUGACUGCGGCUUUACCGAAUGGAGGGGCUGUCUGCAUCACCAAUACAUCUGCCACCCUAAGAAAGCCCGCGACGAGGCGACCGUCGACGAUGAAGCAUCGGCCGAAGCAGCCGCCGCUGCCAAGGCAGCCGUCGACGAUGAAGCAUCGGCCGAAGCAGCCGCCGCUGCCAAGGCAGCCGUCGACGAUGAAGCAUCGGACAAAGAAGCCGCCGCCGCCAGGGCAGCCUUCGUCGAUGAAGCAUUGGCCAAGGCGUCCGCCAUCCUCAAGGCAUCGGCCGCUGCGGUUGCCGAAGCCGAGAUAGCCGCCAGCGCGGCAGCCGACAAUUUAGCAGCCGCUAGAUUAGCCGAACGAUUAGACAGGGAACGGGUAGCCGCGCUGGAGGCCGUACUUAAAAAAGCAUCUGCCGUACCUACCGUCGAGUUAGCCGCCGUCGAGAGAGUCGUCAAGGUAUUAACCGCCGAGCCACCAAAAACGGAACCGAUGGAGGGAUUGACGAGCGAAGAAUAUUUCGUGUAUUUAGAACGCAGAAAAGAAGAAGCCGACAAGAAAGAAGCCGUAACGACAGCCUCCAUCAAGGCAAAAUUUGAUGUGGGAUUGUCGGAGUCGGAGAUGCCGUCGGAUACCGGAUCUGAAAUAGAUAAAUGGAUAAAGUACUACAAGAUGAUGCACUACACCCGGGGUUUUGGCGUCAAAUGGGUUCCUGAUAAUAACCUCAAUGCACCAAUCUUACCUUGUAAAUUCAGAGAAGAUGAUAACCUCACAAUCAGAGCUGAGAUCAAUGAGCUCAUCCAGGAUUGCAUUCAUUGGUACAACUCCAACCGUGAGCAGAAAUAUAGGUAUGAUGGGAGGAAUGUUAAGAACGUUUCUUUUGAGGCUACAUUUUAUCAUACAAAUUAUCAUAUUACCUUCACUGCUGCUUCAGUUGACGAUCCCAACAUUGAGAAAAGCUUUGUUGGUUACUGUAUUGUUCGUGAGCCCCCUCCUUUUCGUUGUAGAUAUGGUCCUUUCAGUUGGCGUCCUUAUGCAAGGAGUUUGCGUUUGAAUAGAGGUGUGAGAAUUAGUGCGGAGGACAAGGAUCAGAAGGAGGACAGGGAUCGUAAAAGUGACACUAAGGCGGGUGGUGUGGGUGUGGGUCGUGUGGAGGACAAGGUUCAGGAGGAGGAGAAGGAUCAGAAGGAGGACAAGGAUUAUGAGGGUGAGGUUGAGGGCGUGGAUGUGGACGACAAGGUUAAGGAGGAGGAGGAGAAGGAUCAGAAGGAGGACAAGGAUCAUGAGGGUGAGGUUGAGGGCGUGGAUGUGGACGACAAGGUUAAGGAGGAGGAGGAGAAGGAUCAGAAGGAGGACAAGGAUCAUGAGGGUGAGGUUGAGGGCGUGGAUGUGGACGACAAGGUUAAGGAGGAGGAGGAGCAGAAGGGUGAGGGUUGUGGUCGUGUUGAUCUUGCUCUAAUGGUGAAGCAGAGUAAUCUAUCCGUGAAGCAUAAUGAAGUGAGGUUUUGCUUGCCCGGUGAUUGUGAGCCAGUUCUUACACGGGAUAAGAAGCCGUGUGUAUUUCCUUGCUGUAGUCUGUAUCUCAGCUACCGUAAGAGACUAGGGCUUAACUCCUUCAGCGAAUACAUCGACAAGUGCUUGAAGGAUGAAGCGACUUCAACGAGCACCUUUAAUAUGAUGAUGCGGAGUGCUUGA